AUGAACCGAAAUGCUGAAGAAGGCACGCCUGAGACGCCUCCCUCGCACGGUCUAGCACACUCGCGAAAGCGCCGACGGUCUUCCUCGCCCUUGGAUGGACGCGGUGGAAAUAAGAGAAAUUUAGAGAGGCUCCCUCCAGGUGUCCUGCUUCUAGCUCUGCCAGGUCUGCUCGCCGUGCCACCGAACCACAAGUCACAAGUAAUUAGCUACGGAUUAUCUCUUGCUGCGCUGCGCAAAUGCGUAGCAUUGGGUGGGCUCUCACCCGAUAUUGAAUGCCGAGCGUGGACUGGUAUCGCUGAGCUGGGACUCAGAAUUGUUCAUGCCGGAUGGACUCAGAGUGAACAUUUCCCGUGGGCGAGAGGUUUGGACUUGGAGGUCGAGAAUGCGAUUGGAAAAGGCCUACUUAUUGCCCAACAAAAUCCUUCUCUUGUGGUUUACAAACAAACGUUGGCGCUUACACACGCUCGUCUCGCUCAUUGGCAACAUAACGAAAAAUAUUCUCGUACGCUCCUCAAGCGUCUUGUCUCGACAUUCUCUGUACCCAAGAAUUUCGAAUUUGCUUGUACUCCACCAUCGCUCGUCUACUCCACUCACCUUACAGGAAUUUCCCAAGCCCUCACUCGAACGCCGCCUGAUCUCAAGGCAGCUUUCAGCACGAUUCAGGAUCUCUUAUCCGCCUCGGAAGCGCAUGGUGACCCGCCUGUAACAUUGCUCACACACAUCCUACGACUGCGUACCUUAGUCGAUGCCGGGAUGUGGGAUGCUGUUGGCGAUUCACUGGCAUUUGCAGAGUCUGCUCUCGGUUUAUCAUACAACGAUAGUAGCUCUCCUCCGACGGAGAAAGGAAAAGAACGGGCGAAGGAGGAGUUCAUGAACUUUGAGGAUCCGUUCGAAGCCGCAAUGGCUAUCCAUACCCUUCUCAUGGGUGUCGUUUACUACACUCACCUUGGCAAAGCAAAAGCUUCAUCACCACGUCUGUCACAUCUUCAUGCAUUAUUAGACUCCGAUGCUUUAAGUCUAUUCCCGAAUGGGACCAUUGAUAUCUCUCUUUCAUCCGGACCUCCGCUUACGAUUAAAUGCACACAUCCUCGAGUACUGUACCAUCUUGCCUACCUUGUAAGCAGCGUCUCCAAGCGAGAUGCGGUUGGACGGAGGCCGAAACGCAAACUAUUCGCAAACGGAGGAUUAGAUGUUUGGGAGAAGGAAAUCAAGAAGGAAAUUCCUUUGAAUCCUUGGGCCGAGCCGCGAGAUGCUGAAGAAGUCGACGAGCGAAUGGUGAAGAUGAAGGCUGAUCUUCUUUCAGAGCUGGUUGCUGUCUGUAUCAUGCGAAGUGAAUUCGAGGACGCCUCUCAUCACCUUGAUGAGCUUAUAACCCAUACUCGCACUUUCUUUCUCUUCACGACCUACGCUGCCCGCAUCACGCUUCAUCAUGCACACCUAGCUCACGCUCUCAAAGAUACUGACCGCGCUUUACAAUGCUAUGCUGUUGCUGCAAACCUUGCGGCCGAGGGAACAUUCGUGAAUGUCUCUGCCAGAGCCGGAGGCCUAGCCUUGCGCAUCGCAAAUGGUGAAGGCGCGAGGACGGACCUUAUAUGGGAAGCUGAAGUCCGUUCCGUUGUUGACGCGUGCCGUGGGAUGGGUGGUACUCUUGAAGCUAUUGGCCAUGUCCUGGCUGCGUGUCUGUCUCCGGAGAUCCUUGCUGCAAAAACACAUCUUAAGUAUGCACUAGACAUUGCUUCUGAGUCUCAAGACAACCACCUGCGCGCUCUUGUUCUCGCUUUAGUGUCUGCUUUGUAUUUGCGAACUGCCGAGCAACAUUCCAAGGCCAUGUUGGAGACAUGUGGACAGUUAGCUGCAGGCCUCGGAGCUGCACAGAAGGGUGGUCAGCCAAACGACGGCGCGCAAGCCGGAUCUUCCAGAGAGGGGCGUACACCGUCCUCAACCACGUCUGUUGGUAAUGCUGCUCUCGGGCUAUGGGUUGGACAACGAUUCCUUGAAAUAUAUCGCCAGGAAGGUGACGAGGCCAAGGUGCGACGGCAGGAGGCAUUGAAUUCACGACUUGAGGCAGCUGUAGAACAGCUCGAUGUUCGACGAAAGGUACUCAUCGGUGAGGCAACUCUGCCGUAA